UUUGAAAGGUCUUUUUUCAGCAAAUAAUUCCAUCCAAGUCAUUUGCCUUGUUCCCUCCAAAGCCCUGAAGGACAUUUCUAUAGUUCCAAUGGAACCUUUUGAAACUAGUUCCAUUAUUUCCCUUAAGAGCUGCCCACUAUCCAAUCUGCUGAUAAAGGAGGACUAACAUGAACGACGUUGUCCGUGGAGAAGCUUCUGAAUCGGAGGAUGAAAAUGCAGGACCAAACUUGAAAAAGAAUAUAUUGGCUGCAGAACUUCCUGGAGAGGCCACAGAGACAUCAUCAGACGAAGAUGUUUAUGAUAAAAGUUUAGAUGGGAACACUGAAAGCCGCAGCAAUUUAGAGUCCAUUUAUUCAAACAAUUUACUUCAAAGAAAGCUAAUUGACAACAACUUAAAUAUAUGGCGAAGCCUCAACGCAUUUGUAAAAAAUCUUGUUACACCUGCAUCCAAACAGUUGCUGUCAACCGAUCAGCUAUUGAUUAAAUCGCAACUUUCAAUGCAAUCGGUUUUGGUGACGCUUAAUCAGACGCAAAGUAAUGUAAAAAAGCUCUAUGAAAAAAGUGAUGCUGUUUUUACAACAAAUUUCAUACCAACAAUCAAUAUACCACCCGACAACAAUUGAAGAGGCCCUGAAUUGUAUAAAAACUUCCGUUUUUUUUUCUUUAAAUAAAACACACUUUUAUAUGUA